AUGUCGUGGAUUCUAGCACGACAUCCUCCGAUUAAAGGUUCUUUACGACGUCUUGGUGCACAUCAUGCAGUUGAUUUGCCAACUGUCGUGUUCUGUGAUAAUCGGUCCGCGGGAAAGAGUAGCUUGUUGGAGGCCAUUUCCAGUUACAGUUCACCCUCGUUAAUAAUCAAAACUGAAUAUAACGAAG